AGGUUUAGUUUAAAUGAGGAUGAGGAGGAAGAAGUGAGGAAGUUGGUGAGGAAGAGGGGAGAGGAAUUGAAUAUCAUGGACCUCACCAGCGCAGCAUGCAUAGAGGCUGCUGAGCUCUAUGGGCCAAGCGCCCUGAGUGAAGCUGAAAUGGACCAGUUUUUGAACACUGCUGGAGGAGCGCCCAUCCCCAAGAAGCCAAGGAAGAAGUCAAAGACUUCAACCAAGAAAGUGGAUGAGGGGAGGACCGGGAAGGAGGUAGUGCCCGUGGCUUCAGCUGAGACGGAAGAGGAGGUGCCAGCGCUGAAGAGGAAGGGUUGGGAGGAGAGGAGGGCACUGCAAAAGAAGCAGAAAGUGGUGGAGGAGGAAGAGGGGAAUGGGGUUCCUGAGUUCGUACCUCAGCCUCUUCUUGUUGAGUUGGACCUCGAGCUCAGACGGUUGGAGGAGGGGGCUGAGGUAUGGGCUCUUGGGAAGGGGAAGGGCCCUGUUUCCCCUGCGGUGUCUCAGAGCAGCCUGUUCGAGGCGAAGAACAGCGCGAGCUGGGUGAAUGGUCUAGCCCAGGAGUUCAGGGAUAGUGAGAGGUCUUCCCUGAGCACCAAGCUCGGCUUCGAAGAGACCAAACGAAAGAUCUCUGAAAGCGAGCGUGAGGCUCAGGCGCAAGAACUGAAGCUGAUGAAGGAGGCUUUCCUGGAGCUGAAGGGGAACGUGCAGACCUUGGUGCACAAUGGAAUGAAGGAGCACAUCAGCAACUUCAUCAGCUCCAGCUCGUUUGACAACAUCGUCAACCUAUACCGGCUGCCUACUGCCAUCAUCGCGUUCAUGGACUGUAGGAAGAAGGUGAAGGCAGAAUAUCCCGAAGUGGAUAUUACAAAGAUCACCUUCGGAGCGCAAGAAGACGGAGUGGAGGAAGAUGGGGAGAGCAUGUCAGCAGACUUCCAUCCUCAGAUUAAACUGAGGUGGGAGGAUGAUGCACACGGACGUGUUGUUUUCCCUCUCCAGUUCGACUUUGAGUUCGUGGCAGUGGAGGAAGAAGAGGCAGAGGUAGAGGAAGACGAGGUGGAGGCAGGAGUGGAGGGAAUUGAAGUGGGUGAGAGCCAACCAGUUCCAGAAGUGGAGAUUCAUCCAGUUCCCUCUGACGAUGAGCAGCCUCCUCUGCCAGAUGAGCAGCAGCCAAGACAGCCACCUCUUCCAUCUGAACAGGAGCCAAUGGUGCCACCUCCAGCAGAGAACUAAUGUUAUUUUUUAAUUUUUUAUAAAGACAUUUAUAGCUUGUAAUCGUUAUUUUAAUUGAAAUGAAAAUUUAUGUUUGAAAUUAUGCGUUUGUUUAUAUUGGCUUUACAUUUUUGGUAUUAUUUUUUAUUAGUAAAAGAACUAAGAUUGU